CGAUCUCAGCGACAUUUCGGCCCGGCUCGGCCCACGAUCCAUGAGUAGCCUGGUCCGCUUCCUCUUCACCCUCGCCGCGGCCAUCGCCGCAGCCUCGCUCCUCGUCGCCUCACUCCGCCGCCGCACGCCGCCGCCCGGCCUUCCCGCCCAGCUCGUCCCCUCCUCCCACAUGGCGGGGCGCAACCGGAGCUUCGUGCUGUGGCUGCACGGCCUCGGCGACUCUGGCCCGGCCAACGAGCCCAUCCGCAACUUCUUCUCCGCCCCGGAGUUCCGCCUCACCAAGUGGUCCUUCCCCUCCGCCCCCCGCUCCCCCGUCUCCUGCAACAAUGGUUUUGUGAUGCCAUCGUGGUUCGACAUCCACGAGCUGCCCAUGAGUGCUGGUUCUCCGCAAGAUGAGGCUGGGGUUCUGAAGGCUGUGGAAAAUGUGCACGCCAUGAUAGAUAAGGAAGUUGCCGAUGGCAUCCACCCUGACAACAUAUUUGUUUGUGGUUUUAGCCAAGGAGGUGCCCUGACAUUAGCUAGUGUGUUGCUUUAUCCGAAGAAGCUAGGUGGAGGAGCAGUCUUCAGCGGGUGGGUGCCUUUCGGUUCAUCAGUCACUGAGAGGAUUUCACCUGAAGCAAGGAAGACCCCGAUUCUUUGGUCGCAUGGAAUUGCUGACAGAACAGUAUUGUUUGAAGCUGGUCAAGCUGGUCCACCAUUUUUGCAAAAAGCGGGUGUUAGCUGCGAAUUCAAGGCAUAUCCAGAUCUUGGCCAUUCGCUCUCCAAAGAAGAGCUGCUUUAUCUUGAGUCAUGGAUCAAGAGUCGUCUCUCAGCCUCUCAAGAGAAGGACAAUUAACAUUUUUUUGUUCGAGUCGCCACCAGUUCCCCAUCCCCAGUAUAGUGGCUUGGCUGAUGCCAUCAUGUCUAAAUUGGAUUUGAUCUUUCUGACCUCGCCUCAUGCAACUUAUUACUAUGAGAUUUCUCAUGUAUAUCUAUGUGUCAACGGAUAGAUGGACUGAUGGACCAGUCAGCUACUGCUCCUGGAAUUUGUUGCGUUAUGCACCUGUUAUUAAAAUAGUAAACCAAAUAUUCAGCUACCGGGUCUAUUCAUACAAUCUAUCAUGAAUA